AUGGCUUCUCAACAAACGACGACGUUGUCGCAAGAGCAAUUGCUGCACUUUUGGGGUGAGUAUUCGGAUAUUGUAGACUUUCAAGACUAAUCUCUGUGCAUUUCAGGCGCUCACAACAAUAUGGGUAAGAUGACACGACGGAAUUCGCACUCGGACGGAAGUUCGAAGCCAGCUGGCAGUAAUAGCGGAGGUGCUGGCACGAAACCAAAAGUAAGGGACGGGAGGAGGGGUUACGGUAGUUCGUAAAGUGCGGCACAAGUGCUACAGUAAUCCUAAACUUCCACUUUGAUUCAUAAUAGUUCGGGAGGAUUUUGAAGGUCAACGUGUAACUACAGUAGCCCUAUGUACCAGGAAAGUGAAGUUACUGUCAUCCUACUUGGUUUUAGUUCAAGUUUUGCUAUGAAUCUACUACUAGAGUUUCUGAAACGUACAGUAAUCCUUCAUGGACCUUUAGUUUGGUAAAACUACAGUAAUCCCCAACAAAAAGUUUUCAGGUAGCGACGCCUCAAGUAGUGGCCAAAAUCGAGCAGUACAAACGCGACAAUCCCACCAUUUUUGCCUGGGAAAUACGGGAAAAACUCAUCAAUGAAGGUGCCGAUCAUUUUUCGGGCCUACAAUAAUAUUAUCAAUAUUUUGCAGAAGUGUGCACUACACCGCCUUCCGUCUCCUCGAUCAACCGAAUUCUACGCACCAGGGCCGCUGAAAGAGCCGCCGAAGAGCUUCAAAUGAUAUUGUCGGCACAACAUUUGGCGCGUCCGGCAGUUCGUCCUCAGCCCGGAUCCCGGAUGAUCCAUCCGGGACUUCCGCCGUUUCCGUUCCCGCUGCCGCUCGUCUGGCCCGGAUUGCUUCCGAAUCCCGCUCAACUUUCGUUCCUUUUGAACGGAGUUCCUGGAUUGGUGGCGCCGCCUGCUCAGCUAUCGAGUGAUCCGAACCUGAACCAGAAUUUGAACCUAUCCGAGGAUGAUUCUGCCGGCGCCAACUCGAGAAGACUGUCUAGAAGCACGUUUAGCAAUGGUAGGGUAAACGAGAAAGUUGGCUAUCUAGGAUUACUGUAGAUCUACUUGCAGAACAACUGCAAUCCCUGGAAGAAGUGUUCGCGCGCGAGCCCUAUCCAGGACCCGCCGAACGCGCGGAUCUCGUCAAACGGACCAAUCUGCCCGAGGCCCGCAUCCAAGUAUGGUUCUCGAAUCGUCGCGCGAAAUGGCGAAAGACCAAUUCGAGCGAACGGGAUGAGGGACGCGCCGAACGAUCGGAGACGGACGACGCGAUGAGCACGACGAGCCAGUCGCCGACUCCGGGAGCCGAGGGAGCCGCCACGCCCGGAGCCACGACUCCUCGCGUCGAGGGAAGUGCUUCGGAGGUGCAGCAGCAGCAGCAGAAGAAGAAGACGUUCACUAUUUUCAAGCCCUAUGAGUGA